AACUACAACUGUAGAAUGACAAAUUGAGUAGAUACUACACAAUAACUGAGUAUAGAACUCUCAAGCCUGUAAGCUAAAGGCUAACAUUUUGCAAUUGAAAUUUCUCUGAUUAAAGAAAAGCAGGAAAUUAUAGGAUUAUGUUUUAACAUCUUUAUCAGAGAUUGAAAUGUGGAAGGGGGAAGACUACACAGAACACUUCUCAAUGGAGGCAUAUAUGAGAGACUUCUAUAGCGUUGAAAAUAUUCUUCACACAGAGUCCCCUAAAGGAAAAAUGAGGAGAUUUGCCAUGAAGACUUUCCAUGAAAUCUUUGAAAAAAUUUCAGAUAAUGGUAACCAUGGUAACCGGCUCUUCAGUUUUGGGACAGGACCAGGUGUACUUGAAGUUAUAAGUGCAAGUCGUUACUUCCCCUAUAUCACAUGCAGUGAAUUCAUUGCUGAUGGACGCAAAGAGAUUGUAAAGUGGCUAGAGAAAGAUCCAAAUGCAUUUGACUGGUCACCAUUCAUCCAACAUAUAUCCAAAAUGGAAGGAAAUGAGAGUGAGUGGGAGGAGCGAGAGAAACAGCUUCGUGAUGCAAUAACUGCUGUUAUACCUUGCAACAGCCUGGACCCCACAAACAUGACAGAACCAAACUACUUAAAGCCGUUUGACACACUUCUCACAGCAGGGAUCCUUGACUGCACAUGUCCAGAUAUAGCCACCUAUAGGGCACAAUUGAAACUACUAAUUGGGAAGUAUUUAAAACCUGGAGGACAUUUUAUUCAGCUUGGUCCAAUAGAAGCCGAUUCAUGGAUAGUAAAUGGCAAGACAUUCCAUUCUUUAUACAUGACCAAAGAGGAUGUGUAUUCAGCAUGGGAAAAUGCAGGUUUAAAAGUUGAGCAAUUUUAUUUUGUUAACCUUGGUGAGGAGGACAAAUUUAGCGAUGUCACCUAUAAGGCAACCUUUAUUGGUAAGGGUAUCAAACUGUGAGGUUUUAUUUAAGGAAUAAAGAAUGAGAUUUUAUGAUUUAUGGCGUAAUAUAUGACUGAAAA